CAAAGUGCGAAAAGCUUACUCAAUUCAGAAAAUCAAUUCGCAAGGCCAAUAUAACGAAAAGCGAGUUAGAAACACCAAACUUUUGGGUUGUUGCAGUACACAGAUAUUUAAAUGACCCCAAGCAUGGUUCACAAAUUGGGGUCAGUGGAGGUCAGGGCCAGUUACUCGAUGUUAUACAGAUCACCAUAGCUGACAGGACACACAAAAUGAAGGUCAUCCUGUCUCCACAACUGAACAAACUGGUGCAAACUUGUAAGCUACAAGCAGGCCAUACAGUUAGCAUAAAGAAUUGUCAACUACAUUUUGAUGAAACAGAUUUGGCUGGGGGUAAUGUUGUUAUAGUAGAAGAAAUAGAUGUGACGGGCUUCUUGGAGCUGGAAGAUCCUGCUGAGUUGAGUGGUUUACAAUGGUGUGAAGACUGUGGGCACCUGGAACAGAUGGACCUCCCUAUGACAUCAUCUAGAGGAUACUAUACCAGUGUCUGGUCUACCAUGGAAAUGUAUGGAAACAUCUGGAAAACCACAGUUCCAGCUGUGGCAGACCUUGGUGACAUCAAACUUCAGGAUAUAUACAGUAUCAAAGACCUGGCAAAGAAAUGGAGUACAGUAAAGAUUGCUCAUCCUGUAUUGCUGGUGAAAGUCCUACUCAAGUCACGGAUGAUACAUUAUGCUAAACCUGGCAAAUAUGAUAAAUGGCCAUUUCAGGCACAUUUAUUGGUAGGGGACAAAACAGGGGCUUGUACUGCAGUUUUGUGGAAUGCAAUGUGUCCAAACUUCUACUUCAGCAUUAAAGAGGGGACGGUACUGUUGUUGAAGAAGUUCACUGUCAGAAAGAGUUUCCAGCCUCUACCAAGAUUUAAACCUGUGCUGCAAAACACCCAGUUUUAUGACAUAGAUAUCAACUUAAACAGCCAUCAUCCAGGGUCGGAAGUUAGAGUAUUUGAUGCUACAGAAUUACCAGAUGAGAUUGAGUUACCUCCCUUACGUUAUCAUUUUGUUACCAGGAAGCAAGCAGGUUGUUUACCAAACAAUUUUGUAUGUGAUAUUGCCGGAAUAGUGACAUAUGUGGGCAGGUACGAGAGGGAGCCAAUGAACAGUAAGGUUUUACAUGAUAAUGUGGUUAAUUUAGGAAUAAAAAGAUUCUUAUUUGUACGUCUUUGGAUAGAAAAAACCAGUAGGGCACCUUCAUGGUAGAAUUGUUAAAGGUUA